GAGGAGGAGAAUCAGCUCACUCAUAACAGGAAAUUAGUGUGUGGUAUAAAUGCAGCCUGAACUUCUUGUGCAACUGGAGAGAUUCUUUUACGAACAUUCAACAUGGUCAGCCGUGUGGAGCAUCCUGCUGCUGGCUACAGGAAGCUCUUUGAGACAGUGGAGGAGCUGAAUGAACCAAUUCAGGCCAAAAUCACAGGCCUUCUGCCAACAUGGCUGGGCGGCAGUCUUCUCAGGAUGGGACCAGGUCUUUUCGAGGUCGGGGACCAACCUUUCAACCACCUGUUUGACGGACAGGCUCUCGUGCACAAAUUUGACCUGAAGAACGGUCAUGUAACCUACUACCGCAAGUUCUUAAAAUCAGACGCCUAUGUCCGUGCAAUGACUGAGAACAGAGUGGUCAUCACGGAGUUUGGAACAGCGAUGUACCCUGACCCCUGCAAAAAUAUCUUCUCCAGGUUUUUCUCCUACUUCAGGGGCAUUGAGGUGACUGAUAACUGCGUUGUUAACAUCUAUCCAGUUGGGGAAGACUUCUACGCCGUCACAGAGACGAAUUACAUCACCAAGGUUGAUCCUGACUCGCUGGAGACUUUAAAGAAGGUAGACCUGUGCGAGUACCUGUCAGUCAAUGGGGUAACAGCUCACCCUCACUUUGAUGCAGAUGGUACAAUCUACAACAUUGGCAACUGUUUUGGCAAGAGCAUGAGUCUCGCUUAUAACAUUGUAAGGAUCCCACCUGCACAAAAAGACAAUUCAGACCCCUUAGAGAAAUCCCAGGUCAUUGUCCAACUCCCAAGCAGUGAGAGGUUAAAACCCUCCUACAUCCACAGUUUUGGCUUGACUGACAACUACUUCGUGUUUGUGGAGCAGCCAGUCAAAAUCAACCUGCUAAAGUUUCUGUCCGAUUGGAGUUUCAGAAGAGUCACUUACAUGGACUGCUUUGAAUCCAACGAGAGCAUGGGGACAUGGUUUCACCUGGCCACUAAGGACCCAGCAACAUAUCUCAGCAACUACAAGUUCCGAACAUCAGCUUUCAAUAUCUUCCAUCAUAUUAACGCUUAUGAAGACCAGGGGUUUAUCGUUGUUGACCUCUGUGUGUGGAAAAGCCAUGACUUUGUGUAUAACUACCUGUACCUGGCAAAUCUGAGGGGGGAGUGGGAGGAGGUUAAGAAAGCAGCCAUGAGAGCACCUCAGCCUGAGGUUAGAAGAUAUGUACUGCCAUUGGAUAUAUACAGCGAGGACCAAGGAAAGAAUCUGGUUUCCCUGCCAUACACGACAGCAACUGCUGCUCUUCGUAGUGAUGGAACUGUCUGGUUGGAACCUGAAGUCCUCUUCUCAAAACCAAGAGCAGCCUUUGAGUUUCCACAGAUCAACUACUCUCUGUGUCGUGGCAAGAAGUACUCCUACACAUAUGGUCUUGGACUCAACCAUUUCAUCCCUGAUAAGAUUGUCAAGUUGAACGUGCAGACCAAAGAGACAUGGGUCUGGCAGGAGGAAGAGUGUUAUCCAUCAGAACCACUAUUUGUACCAGCACCAGGAGCUACACAGGAGGACGAUGGUGUGUUGUUGAGCAUUGUAGUGAAGCCAGGAGCAGAGAGGCCGGGCUUCUUGCUGGUUUUGGAUGCUGCCAAACUGACAGAGAUUGCCAGGGCAGAGGUUGACAGCAUCUUUCCUGUGACUUUUCACGGCUACUACAAGCCAUAA